CCUAUUUCUAUAAUACAUGAAUUUAGAUUUCACAAUUUCCCAGUUCUUAUAAACAAAUUCAAAAAUCAAAUCAAAACCCACAAAUCAUAACCUACCAAUCUUUUUCAACAUAUUUUUAUAUAUAAUAAUUACUCUCAAUGCUCUUCAUUUUCUUUCCCCUUUCCUCGUUAAUGGCGGAUUCACGCAAUUCCUUUUUAUAUUAUAAUUCCUCCAAACCCCUUUGAAUCUUCCUCUUCAAAAACCCUUCACUCACCCAAAUUUCUCCAUCUGGGUUUGUUCCUCUUGAAAUGGCCCCACCGCCAUUGAAGCAGCUCACGACCUUGUGUUCAUCGAAACCUUCUCCCGUAACGACCCUUCUCUUCUUUAUCAUCAUCUGCGUUUUGGGUUUUUACACAUUUCAUUCUUCGAGCUCCUCGUCGUUCUCUGCAACUUCGAGUUUGAGAAAUUCCGUCCGGUACCGGCAGUUUCUUCUUUCAUCGGCGUCGAACUACACCGUCGCGUCGUAUCUCCGGUCGCUCACUCUUCAUCCCCAUCUCGCCGGAACGGAACCCUCGUCGGAAACAGUCCGAUAUGUGGAGUCUCAUUUCCGGGAUCUCGGAUUCGAAACGCACUCGAUUCGCUACGAUGCUCUGCUUUCUUACCCUAAAUACGCUUCUCUUACGGCUCGAUUGCCGAAUGGAAGUGUUGUUCAAAUUCCGUUAUCGGAGAAUGUUGAGGGCGUAGUUAAGCCGUACCACGCGUAUUCGCCGUCUGGUACGGCGUACGGCGUGGCGGUAUUUGUAAACUACGGCCGAGAUGAAGACUACCGGGCUCUGGCGGCGAUGGGUGUCACCGUCGCCGGAUGCAUUGCGGUGGCGAGAAAAGGGGAAUUUCCGAGGGGUGUGGUGGUGGCGAAGGCGGAGGCUAAUGGGGUAAAAGGGGUUCUAUUGUACGCCGACAGCGACGGGUAUAGACAGGGGUUUGAGAGAGGUACAGUGAUGAGGGGAAUUGGGGACCCACUCAGCCCUGGUUGGGCAGCCAUUGAUGGAGCUGAGAGGUUGAAUUUGAACGACAGUGAAGUUUUGAGAAAGUUUCCCAAAAUUCCUUCCAUGCCUUUGUCGGCUGAGGCUGCUGAGAUCAUUUUGAGUUCAUUGGACACUGCUUCCGUACCGCCGGAGUGGCGGGACACCACAAUCAAGCUCGGGACGGCGGCGGUGGGGCCUGGUGGUCCGACAUAUCUCAACUUCACUUACCAGGGGGAGAGAAAAAUAGCAACAAUUCAUAAUGUCUUGGCUGUCAUAAAGGGGUUAGAAGAGCCCGAUCGCUUUGUGAUUAUGGGUAAUCAUAGAGAUGCAUGGAGUUUCGGGGCAGUUGACCCGAACAGUGGAACAGCAGCCUUACUUGACAUUGCACGUCGAUUUGCUCUUUUGAGAAAGUUGGGGUGGAGCCCUCGAAGAACACUUCUUCUUUGCAGUUGGGAUGCUGAAGAAUUCGGUAUGAUAGGAUCUACUGAAUGGGUUGAGCAAAACAUUGUGAACCUUGGAACCAAAGCUGUGGCCUACCUUAAUGUAGAUUGUGCAGUUCAGGGACCAGGGUUCUUUUCUGGUGCAACCCCUCAGCUAGAUGAUCUCCUCCAUGAGGUUACUGCACAGGUCGAGGAUCCUGAUGUGAAAGGUGCAACUGUGUAUGACACGUGGACCGCCACAAAUGGAAUCGGCAAUAUUGAAAGACUUGGUGCCCUGAAUUCUGAUUUUGCUGCAUUUGUGCAACAUGCAGGAGUUCCUUCUAUUGAUGUCUAUUAUGGAAGAGAUUUUCCUGUAUAUCAUACUGCCUUCGACACAUAUGAUUGGAUGGCGAGUUAUGGAGACCCGUUGUUUCAUCGACAUGCGGCUGUUGGCAGCAUCUGGGGACUGCUAGCCCUUCGACUUGCUGACGAUUUAAUCCUCCCUUUCAGUUACGCCUCCUACGCGAAUCAGCUACAGGCAUACAGAGAUAAACUGAACGAUAUCUUAGAUGGAAGCGUAGCGUUGCAAUCGUUAUCAACGUCCAUCCACGAAUUCAAGUCCGCUGCCAAGGAAAUUGAGAACGAAGCAAAGAGAUUGAGAGAGCAAGAAACUUUUACUGCUGUGGCAUUGUUUCAAACGCGAGCGUUAAACGAUCGUUUGAUGCUGGCCGAAAGAGGGUUCUUGGACGUUGAGGGGCUUCGAGGCCGUACAUGGUUCAAGCAUCUUGUUUACGGGCCAUCGAGUGACUAUGAGAGUGCACUGUCUUACUUCCCGGGUAUUGCCAACGCAAUUUCGGAGUCGAUGAAAAUGAACCAAAGUGAAGGGCAGGGUGUAAUUCAGCAUGAGAUCUGGAGAGUGGUUAGAGCCAUUACAAGGGCUGCUGCUGCACUUAAAGGUGAACUCUCAUGAAACAAAAGGUAUCUAGACUUUUGUACAUUAAGCGAUACUAUAACUAGAGUAUCGAUCAUAAGUUGUUCCUUAUCAUGCACUCCGUUUCUCAUCAUCGUCGUCGAUGUAUCGUCCUCUUCUUCUUCUUCUGCCUUUUUCCUCGAAACUGAAGAUGCAUGGGUUGUAAAUUGUAAGAUAUGAGAGCCCUUUUCAUGAAAAUACCUCAUGUUCUCUACAUCUUUUC